UUCUUGUAUCCGAGAAAUUGGACGGAUUUCUCUGUCCAAGAAGUUGGAUGAUUCGUUUACACUAUCCAAGUUCUUGGAUGUCACUGAUUGGUCGGAUUGAAAAAGUUGCGCAUGCGCUUAAAUAGCUCAUGUUUUGGUUUUUAUUUACAAGUUAAAGCUUUUGAAGCUGUUGAUAUCGCUGCGCCUAAAUAAUAAAGUUGUUAUUUUACUGUUAUUAAUUUUAUGUAAAAUGAGUGACGAGAUAAUUGCGCUUUCCGCUACAAUUAUGGCUGUUGCUGCAGCUUCAGCCAUGAAAAAAAAGGAAAAAAAAAGAUCUAAAUGGUCAAGAGAAUGGUUAUUGCGGAGAAAUAAAAUGGGCGCCUACCACUCUUUAAUGGCUGAAUUAAAACUAGAGGAUCCGGGCGCCUUCAGAAAUUUUGUCCGGAUGGAUGAAGAGAGUUUUCUCAUCUUGUUGGAGAAGGUUUCCCCCAUGAUUUCGAAGCAAAAUACUGUCAUGAGAGACAGCAUUCCUGCUGCUGAGAGAUUAGCAGUGACGCUUCGAUAUUUAGCGUCAGGAGACUCCUAUUCCUCCUUGAUGUUUUUAUUUAGAAUAGAUAAAUCUACAUUGUCAAAUUUCAUUCCGGAGACAUGCGAGGCAAUUUAUGCUGCAUUACAGGAUUACAUUCAAGUUCCAUCAACUGAAGAAGAGUGGAUUGCUAUUGCAAAGGAAUUUGAGGAGAAGUGGAAUUUUCCAAAUUGCUUUGGCUCCCUAGACGGAAAACAUGUUCUGGUGCGCCAUAAGCGGAAAUAUGGCUCCCAGCUAUUCAAUUAUAAGCUGUCAAACAGCAUUGUUCUUUUUGCACUAGUUGAUGCAAAUUGUAAUUUUCUUUAUGUAGAUGUGGGCACAAAUGGCAGGGUGGCAGAUAGCACCAUAUUUUCCAAAUCAACUUUAUUUAGUGCUCUGGAAAAUAGGGCACUUAGUGUGCCAGGCCCUACUAGGCUAGUGAAUCAAUUAAAUGAUAGUGAAACCCCAUUUGUGAUGGUCGCAGAUGAGGCUUUCCCUCUUAAAUCUUACUUGAUGAAGCCUUACCCAAAGCGGAAUUUAACGCGAACAAAGAGGAUAUUUAAUUACCGUUUGAGUAGGGCUAGAAGGACUGUCGAAAAUGCAUUUGGCAUCUUAUCAGCCAGAUUCGAAGUCCUUCAACGAGUCAACCCUCUCGAUAUUAAAAAAGUUGAGAGUAUCGUGCUGGCAUGCUGUGCAUUGCACAAUUAUUUAAGAAAAACAUCUUCUGCCAGCAGGUACUCUCCGCCUAACUUUUUUAAUCGAGAAAACACUCAGGAAGGAGCUAUUAAUCAGGCUCCCUGGUCUGAUCAUAGCUAUGCUGGAAUUAGAGGUGUCGCAAGGCAAAGUUCUUCCUUUUCAUCUCUUAAUGCUCGAGAAGUAAGGGAUGAACUUUGUUCUUACUUCAACGGUGUUGGCAAAGUGCCAUGGCAAGACAGAUUCAUAGUUUAAAAUCUUAUUUAUUUUUUAUUCCAAUUUUAUGUAAGUUAAAUUCAGUUUAAUUAAUCGAUUCAUAUAUUUUUAUUUAAAUUUUUUUUAAAACUUAAUUCUACAUAAAUUUCAAUUAUUUAAAACGUUAGGUAAAUUAUAUUCUCUAAUGCCAGCAUAGCUAUGUUAAAGUUUAAAAAAUAAAUUUUCUUUACUUUUUUUAACAGUUAGGUAUAAAGAUUCUAAAAAUAAUUCUCAAUUAAUUCUUUUUUUAAUUAAUUUUUAGCAAUAUGAAAUAAAAAUUAAUACUGAAGCAUUCUGAAAAUAAUUUUUAAUGAAGUAUGUUAAUUUUUUUUUUUAAAUUGUUAAUUCAGUAUGUUAAGUUCUGUAUCCUAUCCAGCUUUAAUUUUGUUCCUUGCCCCUUUUGUUCCGUUAAAUUCCGCUUUCAACAGUUGAGCACACUAUUAUCUUUUGUUUAAUUGCAAAUGUAUCACCAGUCUUUUAAAGUGUUUAUUAUUAAAUGCUAUUCAUUUAUUUUUAUGAUUUGCUUUUAUUUAAAUGGUUGAUAUAUUUUUAUUUUUUAGUAUUGAUGAUCAAUAAAGGUAUUUGUUUGAGAUUGUACUCAUGACAGAUUAAAUUCUGCUUUCAACAGCUAAGCACACUAUCAUCUUUUGUUUAAUUGCAAAUGUAGAACCAGUCUUUUUUAAAUCUUUAUAUGUUUAUUAUUUCUUUUAUCCUGAAUUGCAAUUAUUUAAAUGGUCGAUGUUUUUUUUUUAAUAUUGGCUUUUCGUAUUCAUCAUUAAUAGAGAUAUUUGUUUUUAAUUUGUUGUCUGCAAUACAUUAUUUUUCUGAAAAUUAAUGAUAUCCAAAAACCAGGGCAAUACAAAAUGUUGAUAUUGUAUGAUUUCUGGUUAAAAUUAUGGAAAAAAAACUGAAUUUAAAUAAAUCGUUUAAUCUUUUUUGAAUUCCAUAAGCGUAUUAAAAAUAUAGUUGCCCUAACUUCAAAAAAUAGGCAAAAUGUAAACAUAGUUGACACACUAUGAUCUUUUGUUUAAUUGCAAAUGUAUCAACAGUAUAUUUUAAAGUGUUUAUCUUUAUAUGUUUCUCAUUUCUUUUACCCUGAUUU